GAUUGGAAUGCCAGAGUGAAACAAUCGGAGGAAGCAGACACACUCUCCAAAUUAGUCUUUAGAGUCGAGAUUGUGCAUUUCAAAUUCUACAUUUUGUCAGUGCAUAACAAUGGACGCAUCUUGCAACAGCUUUCGACCGCUUUCAAGUCUGUAAGAGUGUUUGCAGGCAGCAGAAAUAUAGACUAACUUGAGCCAUAGGAAUGGAGCGAAAGGUGCGUUUGUUUAGAUAAAGGGGAUAUGAUAAGAUGUUUGGAAAUGCAGGGAUUUGUGCGGCUAGAUUAUUAUUAGAGUGUAACCUGACCAGUUUUGCGAAAUCCGAGGAAAACGAAUUUACAGCACUGGGCUUACACAUCAACAUGACCCCUCGGACGCUAAACUCUACGAGCUAGUUCAGUUCGGAUUGCUUGGAAGUCUUGUCGGCAUUGGUUUGAGUUUCUUCGCCUAGCUGCUAUCGAGGGCUGUGAAUCUUCACGACAUAGAAAGUAGUGUUAGAUAUUUUUUAACACCAGCCACUUCAGAGGUGAGUGAAAUGGAACGCUGCUCAACGCGUAUUACCUGUAAACAUUUUGAGGGGCAGCCAGGUCUUUGACUUGCCAACCGAUUAAGAUAGCCCAACUGCACGCAGCUAGAUAAAUCUGUAAACAAACCGAGGAGCGAAGGCGUAGAUGAUCCACAGAAGUCGCCCACAUGCGCUGGAUUUUGGAACGGAAUAAGAAGGUGGAAGACGCGAGAUCAAAAUCCUUGCAGGCGGGUGGAAGAUGGCGGAGCUCACUAGUUGGAGGUUGUGAGAGAGAAACUUCAGGGCGCUUUGGAUUCAUUAGUGAACACCGUGAUCCGGAUCAAAGGACCCAUGCAAGCCAAAAAACGGUACUUAAUUCUGUUCUCUGCCUGCGCAUGUGUCGUGUUACUGUUUUACUUUGGGGUGGUUCAGCUCCCGGUGACCAGGAGAAACCAGAACCGGCGUGAUGACCGCAGUGCAAGUCCCCGCUGGCCUCACUUUUCGGACCCCCUGCAGCCGUUCAUUCCUUGGGACCAGUUGGAGACUGAGGAGUACAACGAUCACAUGUCGCCAAGGCAGAAGCGGGACCUCAAUUCCGGGGUCUACCGUGGGAAGCGGUGUCGCAUGGACUCCUGUUUUGAUUUCUCUCUUUGCAAAACGAACGGCUUCAAAGUGUACGUCUACCCACAGCAGAAAGGUGAGAAAAUCUCGGAAAGUUACCAAAACAUUCUCUCCUCCAUUGAAGGAUCCAGAUUCUACACGUCGGACCCAGGGCAAGCUUGCUUGUUUGUUUUGAACUUGGACACUCUGGACAGGGACCAGCUGUCUCCCCAGUACGUGCACAACCUGAAAUCUAAGAUCCAGAACUUGCAUACUUGGAAUAACGGCCGGAACCAUCUCAUAUUUAACUUGUACUCGGGGACAUGGCCGGACUACACGGAGGAUUUGGGUUUCGACAUAGGCGAGGCCAUGCUUGCCAAGGCGAGCAUCAGCACAGAGAACUUCAGACCCAACUUCGACGUGUCCAUCCCUCUGUUCUCUAAAGACCACCCAAGGACAGGAGGGGAUAGGGGGUAUUUAAAAUACAACAACAUACCACCUUUUAGGAAAUAUGUGCUGGUGUUCAAGGGCAAAAGGUACCUCACUGGCAUUGGUUCAGAUGCCAGGAAUGCACUGUACCACAUCCACAACUCUGAGGAUGUGGUGCUCCUCACCACAUGCAAACAUGGCAAGGACUGGCAGAAGCACAAGGAUGCCCGCUGUGACAAGGACAACGCAGAGUAUGACAGGUAUGACUAUAAGGAGAUGCUGCAUAACUCCACGUUCUGUCUGGUGCCCCGGGGGAGACGCCUGGGAUCAUUCCGCUUCCUGGAGGCUCUGCAGGCGGCGUGUGUUCCGGUGGUGCUCAGUAAUGGCUGGGAGCUGCCCUUCUCCGAGGUCAUCGACUGGAACACGGCCACCGUCAUCGGGGACGAGAGGCUGCUGCUACAGAUCCCCUCCACAGUGCGCUCCAUCCAUCAGGAUAAGAUCCUGUCGCUGCGCCAGCAGACCCAGUUCCUGUGGGAGGCCUACUUCUCCUCCGUCGAGAAGAUCGUCCUCACCACUUUGGAGAUCAUCCAGGACCGGGUGCUGCAGCAGGCCGCCAGGAGCCCCCUGAUGUGGAACUGCCUGCCGGGAGGCCUCUUCACCCUGCCCCACUACUCCCCACACCUGGGGGACUUCCCCUUCUUCUACGCCAGCCUGGGCAUCAAGCCCGUCCCCAAGUUCACCGCUGUCAUCCAUGCUGUCACUCCACUGGUGUCACAGUCGCAGCCCAUCCUCAAGCUCCUGAUGGCGGUGGCCAAGUCACAGCAUUGUGCCCAGAUCAUUGUCCUCUGGAACUGUGACAAGCCACUGCCUGCAAAGCACCGCUGGCCAGCCACCGGCGUUCCAGUCAUCGUGAUCGAGGGCGAGAGCAAGGUUAUGAGCAGCCGCUUCCUACCCUAUGACAGUAUUGCGACUGACGCCGUGCUCAGUCUGGAUGAAGACACAGUGCUGUCCACCACCGAGGUGGAUUUCGCCUUCACCGUAUGGCAGAGUUUCCCGGAGAGGAUUGUGGGCUAUCCGGCCCGCAGCCAUUUCUGGGACCAGAACAAAGAGCGCUGGGGCUACACCUCAAAGUGGACCAAUGACUACUCCAUGGUGCUCACAGGAGCUGCUUUCUACCACAGAUACUACAACUACUUGUACACCAGCUACUUGCCGGCCAGCCUGAAGGGCAUGGUCGACCAGCUGUCCAACUGUGAAGACAUCCUCAUGAACUUCCUGGUGUCCGCCGUCACCAGGAUGCCCCCCAUCAAGGUCACCCAGAAGAAGCAGUACAAGGAGACCAUGAUGGGACAGACGUCCAGAGGCUCUCGCUGGGCGGACCCGGACCACUUUGCCCAGAGGCAGACCUGCAUGAACAAAUUUGCCAGCUGGUUUGGCAGCAUGCCCCUGGUGCACUCCCAGAUGAGACUGGACCCCGUGCUGUUCAAGGACCAGGUGUCCAUCCUGCGCAAGAAGUACAGAGACAUCGAGAGACUCUAAGUCUAGUCUAGCCGCCCCAUCACACCACGCUCAGCUGCUCCCGUAAACUCCUAAUCGGACGGCCCGAUUCAGUCAAGUCAGCUGAUCGGUCGGCCUGCUCUUCUGCAGGUGGGGGGCAGAAAAGACAAGGGCCUGGGGUUGGCCUAAAACGAUCCCUCCACAAACCACCCUCACUCUCCCAUCAGUGUUAAAGAAAGGAAAGGCUUGGUGUGACAUGGCUCUCAUGUCACACUCUCCUGCACGCUAUGAAAAUGGUGGUUUGGGUGAGAAAUGAGACUCUUUGGGUUCUCUGUUUGCCUUUUUUUUAAAGGAGGUAAAACAAGGAAGGUUUCCAAAGAGUGGUUAACAGGGCAGGUUGGGGCAGUCACGGCAGUGCUCACCUCCCCUUGAUGGAAACAGCCAAUCAAGAGAGUGGUGCACACACAGGCGGCUGGGUCGGUCGUCAAAUUUCCACCUUUUAAACUGGUCUUGGGACAGAUCAAACAUCAGAGGUUGUUGAUAUUGAGCUGAACAAGGAGGAAUGCCUGGAAGCUCUUCAUCCAUAUGCAAACAAUUGUUUUUGGUGUUCUGAGGUGUGUGUGUGUCGGCUGUAUCAUUUCUCCACACUGGUGCGUUACUAAAGUAAUUUUCUCACCUCGUCUGCUGAUAUCGCAUAAGGAAGACAGAACCAUCGUCUGUCUUCACACCCGACACGUGUACACACUCGCACACAUGCACAUGCAUCGCCAAUGACCGCAGUGAUAAUGACAACCCGAGGAGCAGGCAUGGAGAAUGGCGAAGAACAUGGCACGAUCAAGACUGCUCUGGCGAUCAGAAUGCACAGCAACUCCAGAAGAGGGCACAGUUAAACACUCUCUUCCCCCACUCAGUACCCAAAUCCAACUCUCUCUAUGUUCUAUGCAGAAUCAAAACUGUUACUGUCAAGCGGUUCAUUUUUUUUAUUAUAUACAUAUAUUUUUUGUUUGUUUGUUUUUUGUUUUUGUUUUGGGUUUUGUUUGGAUUAUACUGUAAUGCAGUGUUCUCUGUGAGGAUCUGUGAGGGUGAUCAUUGUAAACAGUGCCUGAUCUUUUGCUGGUUCUGGGAGAUUAGAAGGGGUCAUUGCAUAAGAGAGAUGGAUGCAGAGCUGUUAAAGCCCGUCAUCUUUGCUGCUUAUUUUUGUAAUGGUUGACUGCCCCCAUGGUAUACACAUAGUACGCCCUAUAAUGACUGACAACAGAAACGUUGUAGUAAAGAAACUACAAAUGGGCCCUUAGUCUAUACAAACACGUUUAUUUUUUUGUUCCUUCUAGUUGCCAAGUACAGUUUCUGACACUAGCCAUGCUUCAGGGGGGAAACAUGACGUAUUAGAACGCCUGUAGGUGGUGUGCUCUGUCUGGCAUAAUCCCUGCACGGCUUAAAAAGAGAUGUUCCUGCAAAACUGAAAAAAAAGUUCAGCAUUUUCAAUCCUUUAUUUCCCCCCAUCUUUGAACCAACAGCACAAGGACAGAACAAAUGAGAAAAUGGCAUCUUCAAAGAAUGCUCCCUGGCAAAAGGGCAAGGUUGUUUAUCGUGGUGAUGAUGAGCCUUGGAAGGAUUCUUUACUCACUUCUUUGAAAUGAGAUAUGCAUUUGCAUCACAUGCAUAAUUAAGUGAUUCUAUUCUGAUUGGUGUGCGAGUAUCAUUUUCGUCGAAUUCUCCAAGCAUCUAUUUUGGACCGUUUGUGGUUGUACUGCGAGGAGACUUUAGUCCAAGAAUGUUCUCUAUAAAUUGGCUUGCGGGUAUUUGAAUGUCUUGUGACGAAAAAUGGAUGCCGCAUUUGAGACCUUUUUGUUUUUUUUCUCUUGUGCCAUCCGAUCUGAAAUAUCGAUGAGCCUUAUUGUGCAAAGCCUCCCCCAGGAAUUACACACACAGGCCCAGUCAUUAUAAUGCGCAACAAAACAUGUUGCUGUUUCAACUCUUUACAUUUUGGCAACUUUUGCCUUUCAACCUGUGGGUGAGCCAUGUCUCUCUUUCAAAUGGAGUAUUUCUUUCAGAAAUCAGCAUUUUAGUAUUUUGUCGUUUUCCCUUCCUCCUCAAUACUGACUUAUAUUCUCCUUCAGUCACUUUAUGUAUGACUGUGUAAUGCCUUGUACACAUAUACACAGUAAAAUAGAUUAACUCGUGCCCCACUCUCAAAGUUUACUGAACAAAUUGCAAUUACAAGGCCGUUUUUGUCCCAUCUUGUGUGUGUGUUGUGUGUGCACGCGCGAGUGUAUAUAUAACUAUGAAUAGAUAUCUAAACUUGUUGCUAUAUUUAUUUUUGCAAAAGGAACAUAGAUGUAUAUUAAUGAAACUUUUUUAUUUUCUUCCAAGGGGAAAUUGUACAUGGUUGUAACAUAACAUCUCUUGUAAUUUAAUCACUUGUUGCCUGGCUUGUAGGGAGGGGUUAAAGAAAGAAAAAAAAAUCGUACGAUGGCACAAGGGUGAGUCAUCACCUCUUGAAAUGAACACACAAAAAAACAGGUUAAACACAUUUGAGGCUAAUUUAGUUAGCUAGCUGGCUAGCCAAGCAGACAGCAAGGGUGAUGCGAAUUCAAAGUGCUGCAUUGUUGGAUGUCCCAUGAUGAUCCCGUUACAUUUUAAAUACUGCCCUCAUUGGCAGCAUAUUGUGCCAAUGGCCGACCGUUAGAUAUUUUUCCCUCAAAAACUCUCAUCCUUCUCACAUUUCCAGCUACACGUUGAAGCACACAAAAAAGCCACAACACUGCAUUAUGGUAUUAUUUUUACGAGUUAUUGAUUGUUUUGCUUAAAAAAAAAGAAAAAAAAAAAGUCUGCUGCUCCUCAAUGACCCAACGGCAAACAAGGCAAAGCAAUAGCAUGGGGGAAAACAGUGAUGUGAAUUUCUUGCGUGUGAGAUUUCUAGUGAGGGUGUGAUGACAUGCUAUCAAUGUUUGAGACUUGACCCCUCCUGCCCUGUAGUAUUAGCCCAAGGCAUAUGAAGACACAUGUGCCCAGAAGAUAUCAGCUGUGAACUAUAACGUGGCCGAAGGAACAAGGGGACUAAGGAACAAAGUACACAACAUUUUCUUUUUAUUUUUAUAUGUUUUUUUUUCUGAUAUUGUGGUAUCCUGAGGUCCUAUGCCCAUGCAUCUUCACUAUGAGUGGUCAAAGCACAGGAGUGCUGCCCAGUGCUGUAUCAGUGCAGCUGGAGCUGUAGGCCUGUGGCUGGUUGUUACUGUGCUGAAUUCCUGAAAGUGAUGUUUUGAGUGUGCCUUUGAUUAAAAGACACUUCUGUGAUUUGUAUUCAUUUCUCUCUCUCUCUUUUUUUGCCUUUAAUGCCAAGAACAACUCUCAUUGUUGUUGUUUUUUUUGCAGACUGGAAUAGUGUUUUAUUUCUCCAUUACAUAAGUGUUUUUUUAGUGUACCUCGUCUAACACUGGAAUAAUUUGACUGACAUUCCUGCUCUUAUUGUAGGAAUACUUCUCGGUGGCUAUCCUUUGUUUCUGUCCAACACAAUGCUCAGUGUUGCAUUCACCUGAACUGGUUUUUGUUUCUGCUUUGUUUCUGGCUACCUUCCUCACAGAACCCAAGAUUCCUGUCAUUUCAGUCUUUUAUUUUGCAGAGUUUAAAACAUUAAUAGAAAAAAAAUAUUCUUUUUUUUUUUUUUAAAGAUUGAUUUUAUAAAAUAAACAAAUAU